AUGUCCCCCUUUUCCUUUCGUCGCCCUCGCGAUAUCCCUUCCCCCUCCUGUCGCCUGUCCGCUCUCCCUCCUGUCGCCUUCGCGCUCUCCCUCCCGUCGCCUGUCCGCCGUUCCUCCCUUCGACUUCGCGCUCUCCCUUCCGUCGCCUGUCCGCUCCCCCUCCCCUCGCCUUCGCGCUCUCCCUCCCGUCGGCCUCGCGCUCUCCCUCCCAUCGCCUUCGCGCUCUCCCUCCCGUCGCCUUCGCGCUCCCCCCCCCCCCCCGUCGCCUGUCCGCCCUCCCUCCCUUCGCCUUCGCGCUCUCCCUCCCGUCGCAUGUCCGCUCUCUAUCCCGUCGCCUGUCCGCUCCCCCUCCCAUCGCCUUCGCGCUCUCCCUCCCGUCGCCUUCCUCCUACCCCACUUCAUCUCCUAUCACUCACGUCCUCCCCUCCCAUCGGCAUCGCGCUCACGUUCCUCCCUCCCGUCACCAUCGCGCUCACGUGCACCUGUCUUCGCAUCGCCUUCGCGCUCAUGGCCUCCCCUCCGAUCACGUCUCGCGCCGUCGCUAUCUCCCAUCACGUUCCGCGCCGUCGUUAUCUGCCCCCCUCACCCCCGUCGCGCUCGCUGUUUCCCCCCCCUCUCCCCGUUCCGUUGUGA